CAUCAUUGCAGGCGGUGGCCAGGUGUUCUGUGGACAGUUUCUUCCAAGCAGUGCACUUUGCCGAAUUCGGAAUAGAAAAGGGGUCCGAGUGUGCGAUACCUGUCUCGCCAAUAACAGUACCAAAUCUACCAAGACAUCCUCCUCUCCACCCACAAAAAGUGAAGACCUGCCUUCUGAAUAUCUCAACAGUUCUUUGGCAAAACAAAAUCAGGCUCCACCCCCUCGCAAAUCAGACGAAGAACUGCAAGAAGAAGAGGAACUACAAUUGGCUAUAGCUCUAUCUCAGUCUGAGGCUGAACAUAAGCAG